UCCGACCUUCCGCCCGCGCGCCCGGGGCCGCCCGCCGCCGCCAUGGCCGCGCAGCGGCUGGAGACCAAGCUGACCUGCGCCAUCUGCCUGGAGCUCUACCAGGACCCGGUGACGCUGCUCUGCGGCCACAACUUCUGCGGGGCCUGCAUCCGGGACUGGUGGGGUCGCCGCGAGAAGGAGUGCCCCGAGUGCCGGGAGCCCUUCCCCGACGGCGCCGAGCUGCGCCGCAACGUGGCUCUGAGCGGCGUGCUGGAGGAGCUGCGCGCCCGGCCCGCUCCCGGCCCCGGCCCCGGCCCCGGCCCCGGCCCCGGCCCCGGCGCGCGCUGUCCCCGGCACGGGCGGCCGCUCGAGCUCUUCUGCCGCACCGAGGGCCUCUGCGUAUGCAGCGUGUGCACCGUGCGCGAGUGUCGCCUCCACGAGCGGGCGCUGCUGGACGCCGAGCGCCGGGAGCGCGAGGCCCAGCUGAGAGCCACACUGGAGGUCACCCAGCAGCAGGCCACCCAGGCUGAGAGCCAGCGACAGGAGCUGCAGCAACGAAGCAGCCAGAUCCAGAGAUCAGCCUGCACCCUGACCUCCGUGAUCUCUGGCAAGUUCAGCCGCCUGCUGCAGGCCCUGGAGAUGCGGCGGGCUUUGGCUCUGAGGGACAUCGAGGUGGCCAAGACACAGGCUCUGGAACAGGCCCAGGACGAGGAACAGCGACUGCGGGGCCACCUGGAAGCCUUGUCUCACCAUGACCGCAUGAUUCGCAACCUGCUGGAGCAAGUGGAUGACUGGACCUUCCUCCAGGAAUCACAGCUCCUGGCGCCACCAGGCCCUCUUGGGCCACUGACUCUCCCGCAGUGGGACGAAGAUCAGCAGCUGGCUGGCCUGCAGGAGUCACUGAGCCAGCUGUGUGCCCUCCUCCUGGAAGAGGGGGGCCCCCCCAGAACACCAGUCCAGGCUGCUGACUUGGGCUCCACGGAGGCACCAGGGGCCCUGGCACCAGUCCCAACCCUCGUUUGUCCACUGAGGAGGAAACUCUGGCAGAAUUAUCGCAACCUGACCUUCGACCCCGUCAGCGCCAACCGCCACCUCUACCUGUCUCGGCAGGACCAGCGGGUAGAGCACUGUCGCCAGCCCCAGGGCCCACACAGGCCAGGCAGCUUCGAGCUCUGGCAGGUGCAGUGUGCCCAGAGCUUCCAGGCCGGGCGGCACUACUGGGAGGUGCGUGCGUCCAACCACUCGGUGACGCUGGGUGUCACCUACUCGGAACUGACGAGGCGCAAGCUGGGACGCCACACAGACAACAUCGGCCGUGGGCCCGGCUCCUGGGGGCUCUGCAUUCAGGAGGACAGCACCCAGGCCUGGCACAACGGGGAGGCCCAGCGCCUCCCAGCAGUAUCAGGGCGGCUCCUGGGCGUGGAUUUGGACCUGGCCUCCGGCUGCCUCACCUUCUACAGCCUGGAUCCCAAGACGCAACCCCUGUAUACCUUCCAUGCCAUCUUCACCCGGCCCCUCUACCCCAUUUUCUGGCUCCUCGAGGGUAGGACCCUGACCCUGUGCCAUCUGCCCAAGGCCACGCUCCCUCCAGAGCUCCAGGAAGAGGCCUCAGGACUCAGCUGAGGAAAGCACGGGAUGGAGCGCAGGGCCAGGACCAGUUGCCACCAGGCCUGUGGGCCCGAGAACUGCCCCAGCCCCUGGCCUGGGGACCUGUGGCCACAGCUCUAGCGGGACCAGUUGUUGGCCGGAAGACAACUCAGGACCAGGCUGGGCCACUUGGGGACAGAGGUGGGGGAUAGCCUCCAAACUGGAGUUCACCUUUCCAGCCUCUCUGAAGGGGACGGGCUAAAGGGAUAAAAUGGGAGCCCAGUUCUAGGUGCUGCCUGGACCUCAGAGGGGAGUGAGGUGCCCAGGGCUCCUGGUCCUGCAGGAGAGCAUGUGGUUCAGGACACACCGCAGAUUGGGGCAGACAAAAUCAUACAUGCAUCAACCCCAGUUUACCUCCUCCCGAGACAGUGUAGACCUAGGAACAGAUGAUUGCUGGAGAAAAUCUUGAGAAAGUUGAUUUUACCUUCUCCCUCUUCAUGUUUAUCUCUUUUCAUUUUUCUCAACAUUUUGGUGUAUUUUAGUCUUCUCUUUUACAUCCUUGUGAUCAUAUCCCAUAAACAGUUGUGUUUUCUACGUUUUAUUUAACGUAAGCAUUUUUUACGUUGUUCAGAAUUUCUCUCUGAAUGACAAUAUGAACAGUCAUUCUAACGACAAAGAUAAAUUCUAAUCAGAGUUUGUUUACCCAUUAUUGGACAUUCAAAAUGUUUCAUUUGGGGCUUUAAAAAUAUGGCGGUGAUGACUUUCUGAGCAGGAAAGAUUUGGCCGUAUUUAUGGCUACGUACGUAGGCUACAUUCCCUGAAGAGGAACUGCUUGACACAGAAACAAUGAGUACUGGAAGAUUUUUCAUUUUUAUACAAAGGACAAAAGUGAAGGAAUCUUGAGGCAGGCCAGCCAGUGCCCCUGCUCCCAUCCCACCAGCCCAGUUGUCAAGGCAGAGUCUCAGCCACCGUCUUCCCCACGUCAUCCCUACCCGGGGUGUGGGGGUUAAGGGCAGUGAUUUGUGCAGGUGCCAGCACAGUGCGAACUCCUUUUAUUUUAGUUUUUGCUAUUCAGAACAUGUUUCCAUGACGAUGCUUGUACAUCUUUUUGCUUGUGUUUCUGGAAGUGAGGGUGCUGGGUCACAGGGGAGCAGUAAUUUUGUACUUGCAAUGCUCCACUUCUUAAUCUGGGUGGUGGUUCCAAGUGUGUUUGCUUUAUAACUUUUCACACUGCACGUACAUAUUUUAUAUACUCAUGUGUAUUUGACAAUAAAAGUUUUUUUAAAGGAUAAGACAUACUCCAAAAAUUAUAAAAAUAUU